GAGCAUCUGAAACAGCGACGACUCAGGCAUCGGUUCCCGGCGAACGCGACUUCAGCGGCUGCUCCGAACGGGGACUCCUACAAGCGACGCCGUCUUCGGGAACGUCGUACCGCCGUAGGUGCGAGAGAGUCAUCCUGUUCUGCAUGGGUCUCGUCUGGCUCAAAGUGAACGACUUAAGUUGGAAAUGAAUUAUCAAGCUUGGACUUGAAGUUGAUUGCUCAACAUUUGGAGAAGAUGAAGGCUGGGAGUGCAGCCAAACUGAUUGUUGAUGCUUUGCUGCAGAGAUUUCUUCCGCUUGCUCGGCGUCGUAUUGAAACUGCCCAAGCUCAAGAUGGGCAGUACCUUCGACCAUCAGACCCAUCCUAUGAACAAGUAUUGGAUUCUUUGGCUAUGAUUGCACGACACACUCCCGUCCCUCUUCUAGAGGCUCUCCUCAGAUGGAGAGAAAGUGAAUCUCCUAAGGGUGCAAAUGAUGCAUCAACAUUUCAGAGAAAGCUUGCAGUGGAGUGUAUUUUUUGCUCUGCUUGUAUUCGCUUUGUUGAGUGUUGUCCACAAGAAGGGCUAACAGAGAAACUAUGGAUUGGGCUUGAAAAUUUCGUCUUUGACUGGCUGAUUAAUGCAGACAGGGUUGUUAGUCAGGUGGAGUAUCCAUCAUUGGUUGAUUUGAGGGGGCUUCUUCUAGACCUAGUUGCACAACUUCUCGGUGCUCUUUCACGGAUCAGAUUCAGUUCUGUGACUGAGCGCUUCUUCAUGGAGCUGAAUACACGCCGGAUAGAUACUAGUGUUGCUCGUAGCGAAACACUCAGUAUCAUACAUGGGAUGCGCUACCUGAAGCUUGGGGUUAAGACAGAGGGUGGAUUGAAUGCUUCAGCUUCCUUUGUGGCAAAAGCCAACCCUCUCAAUCGUCCUGCUCAUAGGCGCAAAAGUGAACUUUAUCAUGCAUUGUGCAAUAUGCUUUCAAAUAUUCUAGCACCAUUGGCAGAUGGUGGCAAAGGUCAAUGGCCUCCUUCAGGAGUAGAGCCUGCACUUGCUCUAUGGUAUGAUGCCGUUGCACUGAUAAGGGUUCAGCUUAUGCAUUGGAUGGACAAACAAAGUAAACAUAUAGCGGUUGGAUAUCCUCUGGUUACACUUCUACUGUGCCUUGGUGAUCCUAAUGUUUUCCUCGGUAGCUUUGGUCCUCACAUGGAACAAUUGUACAAGCACCUAAAGGACAAGAACCUGCGCUUCAUGGCCUUAGAUUGCUCACAUCGUGUUAUGAGGUUCUACUUGAGUGUUCAUGGUGAUUCCCAACCUCCAAACCGCGUAUGGGACUACCUUGACAGUGUGACUUCUCAACUCCUGACAGUUCUACGAAAAGGCAUGCUUACACAGGAUAUCCAACAUGAUAAACUUGUUGAAUUUUGUGUUACCAUUGCUGAUCACAACCUUGAUUUUGCAAUGAACCAUAUGAUACUUGAACUUCUGAAACAAGAUAGUCCAAGUGAAGCAAAAGUAAUUGGUCUUCGUGCAUUGCUUGCCAUAGUCAUGUCCCCCACCAGUGAACACGUUGGCUUGGAAAUCCUUCAUGUUCGUGGUUGUGGUCAUUACAUUCCAAAAGUUAAAGCUGCAAUUGAAUCUAUCUUGAGGUCCUGCCAUAGGACCUAUGGUCAGGCUCUUCUAACAUCUUCAAGGACCACGAUAGAUGCUGUGACAAAGGAGAAAUCCCAGGGAUAUCUUUUUCGCUCAGUCCUAAAGUGUAUACCAUAUCUAAUUGAAGAAGUUGGUCGAAGUGAUAAAAUUACAGAGAUUAUACCUCAACAUGGUAUAAGUAAUGAUCCUGGUGUGCGGGAAGAAGCUGUACAGGUACUGAAUAGGAUGGUGAAAUACCUGCCACAUCGCCGUUUUGCAAUUAUGAGAGGGAUGGCAAACUUCAUUUUACGUCUUCCUGAUGAGUUUCCUCUUCUCAUUCAAACAUCGCUGGGGCGUCUUCUAGAUCUGAUGCGCUUCUGGAGAGUUUGUCUAUCUGAUAGUAAGAUAAAUGCUGAUACUCCAGAGGCAAAGCCUGUACAGAGAACUGGGGGGUUCAAGAAAUCCUCUUUCCAUUAUCCACAAGAGGCAAUUGAACGAGCUUCAGAGAUAGAUGCCGUUGGUCUUAUUUUCCUAAGCUCCGUGGACAGCCAGAUCAGGCACACUGCACUGGAGUUAUUGCGCUGUGUUCGUGCUUUACGGAAUGAUAUACAAGAAUUUUCCGUUCAUGAUACCUCUGAUUCAGAUCAUAUCUUGAGAAAUGAGGCGGAUCCUAUAUUCAUAAUUGAUGUUCUAGAAGAGCAUGGGGAUGAUAUUGUUCAGAGUUGCUAUUGGGAUACUGGCCGACCUUUUGAUUUGAGACGAGAGUCUGAUCCUGUACCUCCUGAUGUUACUCUUCAGUCUAUCCUGUUUGAGAGCCCAGAUAAGAAUCGUUGGGCUCGAUGCCUUAGUGAGCUUGUGAAAUAUGCUUCUGAGCUUUGCCCAAGCUCCGUUCAAGAGGCAAAAUUGGAUGUUAUUCAGCGUCUUGCUCACAUCACACCUGCUGAACUGGGCGGGAAGGCUCAUCAAUCUCAAGAUACAGACAACAAGCUAGAUCAGUGGUUAAUGUAUGCUAUGUUUGCAUGUUCAUGCCCAUCUGAUAGCCGGGAUGGUGGUGGUUCAGCAGCAUUGAAAGAAUUAUUCCAUGUUAUCUUCCCAUCCUUGAAGUCUGGUUCUGAGGCACACAUACAUGCAGCAACUAUGGCUCUUGGUCGAUCACAUCUGGAAAUAUGUGAAGUCAUGUAUAGUGAGCUUGCCUCUUUCAUUGAUGAGGUCUCUUUAGAAACAGAAGGCAAACCUAAAUGGAAGAGUCAAAAAAAUCGACGCGAAGAACUUCGUAUAAACAUUGCAAAUAUAUACCGUACUGUUGCUGAUAAUAUCUGGCCUGGAAUGCUGGCUAGAAAGCCAGUUUUUCGUCUGCACUACUUAAAGUUUAUUGAAGAGACAACUAGACAAAUACUAACAGCACUCCCUGAGAACUUCCAUGAGAUUCAGCCCCUCCGUUAUGCACUUGCUUCAGUAUUGCGAUCUCUGGCACCUGAAUUUGUUGAAUCAAAAUCUGAGAAAUUUGAUGUUAGGACAAGAAAGAGACUUUUUGAUCUUCUGCUCUCCUGGAGUGAUGACACUAGCAGUUCAUGGACUCAAGAUGGUGUUAGCGAUUAUCGCCGUGAAGUAGAGCGAUACAAGUCUUCCCAGCAUUCUAGAUCAAAAGAUUCUAUAGACAAGCUUUCAUUCGAUAAAGAGUUGGGUGAGCAGGUUGAAGCACUCCAGUGGCAAUCCAUGAAUGCAAUGGCUUCAUUGCUGUAUGGUCCUUGCUUUGAUGAUAAUGCAAGAAAGAUGAGCGGCCGUGUAAUAUCUUGGAUAAAUAGCCUGUUUAUUGAACCAGCGCCAAGGGUGCCUUUUGGCUAUUCGCCAGCAGAUCCUAGAACUCCAUCUCAUUUGAAAUACACUGGAGAUGGUCGUGGAGCCAAUGGGCGUGACAGGCACAGAGGAGGACACCUUCGCGUAUCACUUGCAAAGCAAGCAUUAAAAAAUCUUCUCAUUACAAAUUUGGAUCUGUUCCCUGCUUGCAUUGAUCAGUGCUACCACUCUGAUGCUGCAAUUGCUGAUGGCUACUUCAGUGUACUGGCUGAAGUUUAUAUGCGCCAAGAGAUCCCAAAAUGUGAAAUACAGAGACUUCUAAGUCUUAUACUCUACAAGGUGGUGGAUCCUUCCAGACAAAUUCGUGAUGAUGCCCUCCAAAUGCUUGAAACACUUUCUGUGCGUGAGUGGGCUGAGGAUGGUAUUGAGGGCUCUGGUAAUUAUAGAGCUGCUGUUGUCGGGAACCUCCCCGAUUCAUACCAACAGUUCCAGUAUAAGCUCUCUUGCAAACUUGCUAAGGAUCAUCCUGAAAUGAGCCAGCUGCUUUGUGAAGAGAUUAUGCAGAGGCAGCUUGAUGCUGUGGAUGUGAUUGCACAGCAUCAGGUCUUAACCUGCAUGGCCCCAUGGAUUGAGAAUCUUAAUUUCUGGAAACUGAAGGACUCUGGGUGGAGUGAGAGAUUGCUGAAAAGUUUGUAUUAUGUGACAUGGCGACGUGGCGAUCAGUUUCCAGAUGAGAUCGAAAAGCUAUGGAGCACAAUUGCUAGCAAACCUAAGAACAUUAGCCCUGUAUUAGAUUUCUUGAUCACAAAGGGAAUUGAAGAUUGUGAUUCAAAUGCUUCAGCAGAGAUAAGUGGUGCGUUUGCUACAUAUUUUUCUGUUGCAAAGCGGGUCAGUUUAUAUUUAGCCCGUAUUUGCCCUCAGCGUACCAUCGAUCAUUUGGUGUACCAAUUGGCCCAGAGGAUGCUUGAGGAUAGUGUUGAACCUCUGAGGCCCAGUGCAAAUAAGGAAGAUGGAAAUGGAAACUUCGUCUUGGAAUUCUCUCAGGGCCCAUCUGUUUCCCAAGUUGCAAAUAUUGUGGAAAACCAGCCUCACAUGUCUCCUUUACUAGUUCGCGGAUCUUUUGACGGCCCACUUAGAAACACAAGUGGAAGCUUGAGCUGGAGAACAGCAGCAGUUGGAGGAAGGAGUGCGUCGGGGCCAUUGAGCCCUAUGCCGCCCGAAAUGAAUAUUGCUCCUGUAAGUGCUGGUCGGUCCGGUCAGCUUCUUCCGGCGCUGGUAAAUAUGUCGGGCCCAUUGAUAGGGGUCCGGAGUUCAACUGGCAGUCUUCGGAGCCGUCACGUCUCUCGAGAUAGCGGAGAUUAUCUUAUAGAUACGCCAAACUCGGGUGAAGAUGGUUUGCUUUCCGUGGCGGGCGUGAAUGCAAAAGAACUACAGUCCGCUUUGCAAGGACAUCAACAGCACUCACUCACUCAUGCAGACAUCGCAUUGAUCUUACUUGCUGAAAUAGCCUAUGAGAAUGAUGAGGAUUUCAGAGAACAUUUGCCUUUGCUCUUCCAUGUCACUUUUGUCUCAAUGGACAGUUCGGAGGAUAUUGUUUUGGAGCAUUGCCAACACUUACUUGUCAAUCUUCUCUAUUCCCUUGCAGGUAGGCACUUGGAGCUGUAUGAUGUUGAAAGCAGUGACGGGGAGAACAAACAACAAGUCGUGAGCCUCAUCAAAUAUGUCCAGUCAAAACAGGGAAGCAUGAUGUGGGAAAACGAGGACCCCACAGUCGUAAGAACAGAAUUACCGAGUGCAGCACUCUUGUCUGCCCUUGUACAGAGCAUGGUAGAUGCCAUCUUCUUCCAAGGGGAUCUGAGAGAAACAUGGGGAGCAGAGGCACUGAGGUGGGCCAUGGAGUGCACAUCGAGACACCUCGCUUGCCGGUCCCACCAGAUCUACCGUGCUCUCCGGCCUUGCGUGACGAACGAUGCGUGUGUUUCUCUCCUUCGUUGUCUCCACAGGUGUUUGGGGAAUCCGGUCCCUGCCGUUUUAGGUUUUGUCAUGGAGAUCUUGUUGACCUUACAGGUGAUGGUAGAGAAUAUGGAGACAGAAAAGGUUAUACUGUACCCCCAGCUUUUCUGGGGGUGUGUUGCUAUGAUGCAGACAGAGUUUGUCCAUGUUUACUGUCAGGUGCUUGAGCUCUUCUCCCGGAUUGUCGACCGUCUAUCGUUCCGGGACAGAACCACUGAAAAUGUGCUUCUUUCUAGCAUGCCAAGAGAUGAGCUUGAGUCUGGGGAUGGUUCUGACUUUCUUCAACGUCUUGAAUUGAGGAAUGCCUCUAUGCUCUCGCCCUCACGGAGCAACAAAAAGAUCCUCCCGGCGUUUGAAGGGGUGCAACCUUUGGUCCUUAAAGGGCUCAUGUCGACCAUCAGUCACGGCGUGUCGAUCGAGGUCCUCUCUCUCAUCACUGUUCCCUCAUGCGAUUCGAUCUUUGGCGACCCGGAAACACGGCUCCUGAUGCACGUGAUUGGAUUGCUCCCCUGGCUCUGCUUACACCUCAGCGGCCACGACACGGCUGGUGGCAGUGGUGGGCCCGCCCAAAAGGCAUGCGCCGUCGCGACCAACAUCGCGAUAUGGUGUCGGGCGAAAUCGCUGGACGAGCUGGCGACCGUUUUCGUCGCGUACUCGCACGGGGAGAUCAGGAGCGUACUGACCCUUCUGGCUUGUGUUUCGCCCUUGCUGUGCAACGAGUGGUUUCCGGCGCAUUCCGCCCUGGCGUUCGGCCACCUUUUGAGGCUUCUCGAGCGGGGCCCGCUAGAAUACCAGCGGGUCAUCCUCCUCAUGCUGAAGGCUCUGCUCCAGCACACUCCAAUGGACGCCGCUCAGAGUCCCCACAUGUACGCCGUUGUGUCUCAGCUGGUGGAGAGCACUCUGUGCUGGGAGGCACUCAGCGUGUUGGAAGCCCUCUUGCAGAGCUGCAGCACCUCCUCCAUGCCCGGCGGGUCCCACAUGAACGAACCGGGAGGCUCGUUCGAGAGCACUGACAGCAAGACCCUUGCUUCUCAGACUUCCUUCAAAGCCCGCAGCGGCCCGUUACAGUUUCCGAUGGCGGGGCCCACUAACGCGACGGACUCCGGGCUAACACCCAGAGAUGUCGCACUGAAGAACACGAGGCUGAUGCUCGGGAGGGUUCUUGACAGUUGUCCCCUCGGGAGGAGGCGAGAUUACAGACGUUUGGUUCCUUUUGUGACCAGCACUGGUGUUUCAUAACUGGAACCAACAGUGAUAUUGUUUGCUGAUAUGAUCAAGCCAUGAAUGGGUUGCCAGU